UGUCACGUGACAAAAAAAGUUAUGAAUGUGUAAAGAGAUGAUUUCAUCUUAGUUCUCCAAUUAGUUUUUAGCCCUUGUCUAAUUCAUUCCUACGAGGCAUGUGAAUUUCGAUGACGUUGACUGUUGGGACUUUUCGAUGAGUGUUUCUUGAGGAAGUGGACACUGAUGAAUGUUCUUCGAAAUUAUAAUCAAGAGUCGGACAUCGCUGAUUCCUGUGUAUGACACAAAGUUAGGCAAUGGAUUGGCUGCAUUGCAACACCUGUUUUCACCAACCAGGAGAUGGAGGGAAGUUCCUGUUAACAAGCUGUGGCCAUAUAUACUGUGAAAAGUGUAUAGAUCAAGUCACCAAUGGAAAGUGUAAAAUGUGUGGCACUGCGUGUACAACCAUUCCCCUGUCUGGACAGAUGAAACCAGAUGUUGAAUUGUUUUUUACUAAUCCAAUGGAUUUACUUAAAAAGGAAUUCAGAAAAAUCAUUCAGGUCAUGGACUUCCAACACAAUCAAAGGAGGAGAUUUUUUUCAUAUUUGAUGGACAAGCUCCACAGACAACAGAAUGUUAUGGAGAAAUGUCAAAGAGCUAUCCGAGCCUCCCAUGACCUGGAAAGGGAGAUGAGCAAACUACGCGAAGAAAAUUCCUACUUGAAAAGAUUGAUGAAUGAACGUGAAAGUAGACACAUAGCCAGUACAACUAACAGAUCACAUGGACGUCGCAGUGGGAACUCAUCACCUGUCUACAGAAGUUCCCCAUCCUCUUCACCACAGAUGAUCAGCUCAGGCAGAAGCCAGUCACAGACCCAGCUCUCACAGACCCAGCUCUCCCAGGCCGUGUCCCAGGCAUCAUUUAUAGGACUCCCCAGGAGUGCUAAUGCUUAUACAAAUUUUGGAUCCACUGUUUCCAGAGUGUCAGUGCGAACCCCUCCCUCAGGUGGGCGUAUAGGAACGGUUGGAGACACACCGUCACCUAGGAGAUAUACGGUGCCUGCAACCCCAAAGUCAGUCCCUCAUCCGAUUGCAUUUGGUAGCCUCCUAACUCCAUCUCCUAUGUAACGCAAGGUAAAUCCAUUCUUGAAUACACUAUGGGACGAACAUAGUGAUGUGUUUAACUUCAUUCCAACAUGACCCGAGGGAUCGGAAUGUUUAGGAGACAGAUGCCACUGAACCACUUCGUCCCUGUCGUUUGUCAGAAACCUGUGGCUGGAAACGUGCUAAACUAUUUGCAUCGCUGGACCUGUUCAUUUUUCUACUGCCACACAGAGGACUGUUUUCUCAGAUUUUUUUGGCAGUAUAAUUGUGUAGGAAGUUGUAAACGUUACUAAACCAUGUGUAUAAUUCUGUAAAGCAUGCUGGCAGUCAGCUCUAAGCUAGUCAUUGAUCCUAAUUAUUCCAUAUUUAGGUUUUGUUAUUUGUUCUCUGUAAUGUAUUGUUUAGGGAUUGUUACAAAAUUUGAUGGUGUGAGAAUGUUGUUCUCAUAGAAUAAAUUAAGUCUACAAUACCGGACAGAUAGUUAUUGUAAAAUUAUAUUGCAAUUAAAUGUAUG